AUGAUUCUGCACCAGGUCGAGAGCUUGGCUGCUGCUGGUGUGACCGAUAUUGUCCUGGCCGUCAACUACCGCCCCGAUGUGAUGGUCUCGGCCCUGAAGAAGUACGAGGAACAAUAUAACGUCCGCAUCGAGUUCUCCGUCGAGUCGGAGCCGCUGGGUACGGCCGGUCCCCUGAAAUUGGCCGAGAAGAUCCUGGGCAAGGAUGACUCGCCCUUCUUUGUCCUGAACUCCGAUGUCAUUUGCGACUACCCAUUCAAGCAGCUGGCCGAUUUCCACAAGAACCACGGUGACGAGGGUACCAUCGUCGUCACGAAGGUUGAUGAGCCUUCGAAGUACGGUGUCGUCGUCCACAAGCCCAACCACGCUUCGCGCAUCGACCGUUUCGUCGAAAAGCCCGUCGAGUUCGUCGGCAACCGUAUCAAUGCCGGUAUCUACAUUCUCAACCCUAGCGUGCUGAACCGCAUCGAACUGCGUCCCACCUCGAUCGAACAAGAGACGUUCCCCGCCAUUUGCAAGGAAGGUCAGCUCCACUCGUUUGAUCUUGAAGGGUUCUGGAUGGACGUCGGUCAGCCGAAGGAUUUCCUGAGCGGUACCUGCCUGUACCUUACCUCGCUCGCGAAGCGCAAUUCCAAACUGCUGGCUCCCAACAACGAGCCUUACGUGUACGGCGGAAACGUCAUGGUCGAUCCCAGCGCAAAGAUCGGCAAGAACUGCCGCAUCGGCCCGAACGUCGUCAUCGGUCCCAAUGUUGUUGUCGGUGAUGGUGUUCGCCUGCAACGCUGUGUCUUGCUGGAGAACAGCAAGGUUAAGGAUCACGCCUGGGUGAAGUCGACCAUUGUUGGCUGGAACAGCUCGGUGGGCAAGUGGGCUCGCCUGGAGAACGUUACCGUGCUUGGUGACGACGUGACCAUUGCCGACGAGGUCUACGUGAACGGAGGCUCUAUCUUGCCCCACAAGAGCAUCAAACAGAACGUUGAUGUUCCUGCGAUCAUCAUGUAA